AUGGCAUCCACAAAUCUCUCGUGGACGGCCCCAGCAUGGAGCAACUUCAACAUCACGCGUGAUUGCAAUCUAUUCAGCCAAUUUUUCUCCGGUAUUUCCAGAGACGGGCUCCUCAACGCACCACUUGGGGCCACCGUAGAUUACUUCCGGUCAGCGUGGCCGGCGGAAUUCUCCGAGCCGACGGUGCUGCAGAUUGUAGAACUAUGGCAAGCUAUCGUGGCCAACUACACAAAUGGCAUCGGGGCCGAUGAAAUGUUCCGCAGUGUUUACAAUGCUGCACAUGGAACUUGCCAUAAUGAAUUCUGCGCGGGCGUUGGAUUUCAAGGCAAUGCGGACCUUGUAGGAAAUGGGGUCAUGAUUGCCUACUUGGUUGAAGCCGCGCUGGUAUCACUCUUCCUAGCUGCUACGGGAUUGUACCAGCUCAAAUAUUACCGCUCGUCGAGAAAGUUCAUUGCGAACCAGAAAGCACCCUUUCUCUCCCAGGUAGCGCGAGUUCUCGAUGCAUUCCGCGGCAGCACCACAAACUUCUGGAGCGCCACAGCAAUUCUUAGCCUGACUAUGCUGAUAGUCUCCUUACGCAUGACAGCACGUGCUAGUAUCUACGCUGAGAGAGCGGUACAGGCCUGGAGGGCUGGCUCAGCUGUUAGUGCAUACGACACCGAGCUCGCCACAGUGGUGUCGACUUUCUCGGUUUUCCCUGUCUUCAUAUUGGGUCUUCUGGUCAAGAAUCGUGGUCGCCGUCGGUGGCUGAUGGGAGUUGCACACUGUAUUUUGUACGUGCUAGCCCUCGCUCAAAUCCGACUGGGCAUAAAACACACUAGUAUUGCAGCAACAAUAAGCUCUUUGGGCAGGGCUUGCAACCCACAAACUGUGGACAGGAUGUUCCACAAAUAUGGGUCCCCUGUAUUUUACGUGCUUAUCGCUGUUCCCAUUGUGUUGGUAGUGUUGUCAGCUGCCGCCGCCAUUUUGUUUCGCAUCCAUCGAGGCAAGCCAGCAGACCAUCAAACAAGGCCAAAGGACUGUCACCGGGACUUGUAUUUCCCACGACCGUACGAGGCGCCUCUGAAACUGUUUGCUUGCGUUGCGUGCUUCAUCCUUAUGUGGGCAUCUGUUGGGCUGUUACUGUUUAUGAGAGGUGAAAUCAUUAAGAAUGUCGGCCACAAUGACCCGGCAUUGGAAUGGAGCUUUGGCCAGCUACUGGCGUUGGCGACUUGGAUUCCUGUUUCUGUGGAGUGGGUUUACAUUCUGAUAUGGUUUAGCCUACUAUUCAGUCGCCAAACUCUGCGUGAUACUCCAAAUACCUCACCUGCCUCGACCAUACCUCAACCGUACCUCCUAAGCAACAAAGCCCUGUUCAUCGGACACUGA